CUAUGAAAGAAUCAUUCGAAAUCAUGCCUGAUCAAGAACACUACAGCCUUCGGUGGAACAAUCACCAAAACCAUAUACUUCGUGCGUUUGACACGUUACUGCAGACCAAAACGCUCGUCGAUGUGACGCUGGUCUGUGCCGAAACUAGCAUCCGAGCGCAUAAGGUAGUGUUGUCCGCCUGCUCCCCGUUCUUUCAGCGUGUUUUCUCCGAAACGCCCUGCAAACAUCCGGUGAUCGUGUUGAAGGACUUCCGCGGAUGGGUCGUGCAAGCGAUCGUAGAUUUUAUGUACCGUGGUGAAAUCAGUGUACCACAGGAACGGCUUUCGGUACUGAUACAGGCCGGCGAAUCGCUACAGGUCAGAGGCUUAGUAGACCACCCGGUAGCAGCCAAUACCCCGACACCGGCCCAGUCUCCCGAAGACUUUAGUUUGCUGGAUAGCUCACUGAUAUCGCCAACAUCACCCUCGUUACCCUCGCCAAACUUUCAAACGAGUCACCAAUCGGGACAGCUUCGGCAUCAUCCAACGACCGCGCCGAAACUGUUGCUACCACCGCAAGUGUUUGCGGACCCGUCGAUCAGUCUCCCCAGUGCUACCGUUGAUCCGUGCACCUCCCCAAUGCCUCGCCGUAAACAGGCUCGCCCACGAAGGCGCUCGGGCGACUGUGCACCGCAGGACCUAAGCAGCAAACCCUCCACACCCAUCCCACAGACCCUGGACGAUGACGACACCGAGCGGGACCUGCUCGACGAUCGUCCGGACGAUGAAGAUGAUUUAGAGGAAUUGGACGAUGAUGAUGACGACGAUCUGAAGCGCAUCUUGCACCGAAGCCAAUCGGUCGAUGAAAAACUGGCGGCACUGGUAGCAAAGGAAGACUUACGAACACAAUCUUCCAACAGCUUGACAACAACCCCGCCGACGACGACGACGACGUCAACCACAGCACCGACAACGACGACGAACAACGAUGAAAGGCGAUCACGUUCGUUGCACAAAUUAAGCCCUCGCAAAACAUCUUCCUCGAAGGGUAGCACGGGACUUCUGCUGCAGGGAGACGAUCUCCACACCGAGACGGCGCCGGCCUCGGCCGAAUCUCCACCGGUGGCUGAUGGACCGGAAAAUCUGUGCAUGAAAAAAUCCUCUUCCAGUAGCUCCGAACUAAUUAGAAGUAUUGCGAGCGGAGGUGUCGGUGAGCAGCGUAAUCGAAUAUCGUCGAUCGACGCCUCGGACAACAAUACUGCGAGCACCGAAACGAAUGACCGGACCGCUUGUCGGGACGAUGCGGCACGCUUGCCGGACGGAGGAAGCAAGGACACGUCACCACUGUCCGACACCGUCGGUGGUCACAUGAGCAGUCGGGGGCUUCUUUCGCUGAAGGAUAUACGGCACCUGAACCGUGCGGCGUUGAAUCGCUCGCUCGGAUCGAUCUCACCACCACCCUCGUUCGCGUCGCUAAACAACAAUCUGCAUCCGGCCCUGAGCCUGAUGCAUCACCACCAUCACCAUCAUCAUCAUCACGGCGAAUCGAAGCGUGUGAAGCUGGAAGAUCGUGAGGAUGAACGUUCGCUGCUGCACGACGAUAUGCUGGAACCGCCACAUUUUUUAGACCACAUGGAUCUGGCGCUCAGCACACAUCAGCAUCCACUAGCACAUCAUCUAGCCCAUCAGCACCAUCUACGCAAUUCUUCCCCCCAUCUGCGACCCCCCACCGGUGAUGGCGGUGGCACCGACAAUAACAGCACUAACAGCGGCAACAAACAGAAUAAUAGCGGUAACUCCAGCAAUAAUAAUAACGGUAGCGCCGACGCUAACAAUCACAGCAGUAUCCUGAACCAGCAUCACAGCAACCCAAAUAACAAGCAUCACCACCCGCCCAGUGGGGUUGGUGGUAGUGGCGGCAGACCAGGAACUCCCAAGCAUUCAUCCAACCUCGGAAACAGCAACAACAACAAUAACGUUGGCAGUAAUAGUACCAGCAGCAACAACAGUCUUCACCACGGUCAUCAUCCGCAUCAUCAUCCACACAAUGGUCCGAAAGGAUCUGCUGGAGGGCCGAAAGACUUUCUACACAGUCCCACCCUCAACUUUCCACCUUUCUUCAAUCACUCGGAAGGACCACCGCGGCCGACCCAUUCGCCACUUCCCUUUCCGCACAUGCCGUCGGUUUCGUCACUCACGCUCACACCGCCCCACAUGUUUGGACUAGAUUCGCCGCUAGGACUUUUUCCGCCAGGAAUGGAUCCGGGGAAAAUAUACAGCCCCCUGAUGGAAAUGUCGGACCCACGAAGUUUGCACCACGACGGACCGCCAUUCCUAAAGAAGAAAAGUAAGUUGAACCGACCAAAAGGACAACAUUCGGCACCACGCGGAGGACCACCCCGAUCGUGGACCAACGCAGAACUAACCGAAGCGCUGCAGCACGUGUGGAACAAGAAGAUGACGACGAGUCAAGCGUCGCGCAUCUUCGGCAUACCGUACAAUUCGCUGCUAAUGUACGUGAGGGGCAAGUACGGCAAAAGCCUAAAGCUCGAGCAGCUGCGGAAAGACUGCAUUAGUGGGCCACCGAUCGAGCUGCUGCAGAUGGGCGUUGGCAAUAGCAACAAGGAGAAGAAGGAAGGCAAAGACUCCAACCUCCACCACAGUCACCAUUCGGGCAGUGGAACGGGUCGGGAUGGUAACAGUGGACCGAACGGUGGUGGUGGUGGUGGUCCAGGAAAUGGUGGUGGAGGACCUCGAUCCGCUUCCUCGGAACCGGACCUGCUGUCUAGCCCGAACCCUCUGUUCAACCCGUUCCCCGGCGGUUUCUAUCCAGACUUCCCGGGUGGUUUUCCGGGACUGCCGCUGAGUAUGCUGAACCUGCUGCCACCGGAACGACACCCACCGCACACGCUACCGAUGUCCGUCGACGAGGAUUGCAAGAGUGAUCGGUCGAAACAAUCGCUGGACGAUGAUUUUCCCCAACCGUUGGCCCUUAACCGACCUUCAUCGGAGCAGCUGUCGGACAGCCGGCGAGAAAUAUACCAACAGAACGGGCAGGACUAAUAUUUAAGAUUCGUUAGCACACUCCACUCGCAAGCCCAUGCCUAGGAA